AGGAAAAGUACGGGAGCGAGCACGCAUGGACGCACAGAGGUAGGGACAAGCAAGUGCCUGUACGUCGUCUUCGGCCAGUGGUGUCAGCAGCGUCCUGUUGUUAUGGCAACACACCGGCGUAACAUUAACGGCUCCGGUGACCGACUCUAGGGAGAUCAUCAGACAGCGCUGGGGAUCGGCAGGACCAUGUUACUCGAGCAACUGUCACUCCCACAUUAACCAACUAGUGAGUUGUCACUCCUUCAGCAGCAAUCUGGCCCAGUGAGAGAGGGAUUUCAUUCAGAACUCCGUGGUCCAGCGAUGUCUGCGUCUUCUCGAGGUCCACCCAGAAACACAGGUCAGAGAAGCAAAACUACGACACCACCAUUGGCUUCUCCUUCCACAAACUCAGCAAGUGGAGUCCGAGCAAAACCAAGUGAUAAGCUCAACCCCAAAACUAUAGAUCCGUUUGCUGAGUCCCAGAGAUCUCCCUCUGCGUUUGCUGCCAUAUACUCCAAAGGGGGCAUUCCAUGCAGGCUGGUCCAUGGCUCUGUGAAGCACAAGCUACAGUGGGAGCGCCCUCCAGAAACCAUACCUUUUGAGCCGCUACUCAUCAACUUAGCCGAGGGUCUUCGAGAGACCAGACACCCUUACACAUUCGUAUCACAAGAGGGAUUUAAGGAGUUAUUGAUGGUUCCUGGGGCUGCAGAAAAAGCCUUGCCCUUAUUACCCAAGCUGGCCGCUGCUUUAAAGCCUGCCCUUGUACACUCUGAUGGUGCCGUGUUUGAACAAGGUUUGAAUGGUUUGGUACAACUUAGUGCUGUUGUUGGUCCAGCAUUAAACAUUCAUCUAAAGAAUCUGCUUGCCAGUCUCUCCAAAAGACUAAUGGACAAAAAACAUAAAGAUUUAGUCACGACUUCUUUACAGGAAUUGGAGCAUUAUGGUGGGAAGGAAAGCCUGGCGAUAAUUAAAUCAAAAAUACCAACCUACUGCUCCAUAUACAGCUGAACUUGAUGGAAACGUUUUGUGGGUGUGGACUUUACGUUGUAAGAAAUGAAUACACAAGCUUUCUGUGGCCUUUCCUAUGGAGAUGUAAAGCAUGGAUGCCAAAACCUAUUUGAAGGAGACUAAACCCCCUGUGUGCAAUAAUUGUGUUCUACAUUGACUGAUGUGUCUGAAAUAUAUACUGCAAAAACAGAUC